CUAGACCAGAGCUUGGUCGAUUUUGCACGCGGACGAGCGCGCUGUAAUUUGUGUUUACGCUGUGUACGCGUCUCUCUGGUACUGGCAGCACACGCUUGUGUUCUCUGUCACAACUUGUGCAAGCCACAGAGCGCACUGUGGGCUCACAGAGGCUCGAGUGCUGCCACCACGCGCCACGCAGCCGCAGCGCACGCAUCACUCUCGAGCGCAGCAAGGCCAGGCUAUAUUGGACAUGUCCACCCCGAAGCGCAUACUGGAUCACGUACGCGAUGGCGACGUCGCGCCGGUGCGGGAUUGGCUCGCGACGGCGACGUGCCAGGACGCUCUUGGUCUAUUCUGGAACUUGUUAGGUAGCCGGCGCGCGGCGAACCUCAGAUUCAUAUCGCUAGUGUUGGACAGCGGGAUGGUUACGCUCAGCUGGGCGGAGCACAAGGCCGUGCUCUAUGCCGUCGGGCAGGCCGCCGGGUCCGACGUGCAGAAGGAUAUACGCCGCGCGGCCGAGGCGAUCCUGGGCGCGCCGGAACGCUCUCUCGACACCAGGAAGGUGUUGAUCAAAGAGUUGUGUGAAAAGGUGCUAUCUCUUACUAUCAGGGAACAAAUCACCCGAGAGCAGGCGGUAGUCAUCGCGGCUGCCGAGCUCGACUUCACCGACAAGAAGGGCGUGUACCUUGAAGCUAGUUAUCUUGUAAGGGCCGCGACUUUCUCCAAUGCCAGCGUGGUCCGCGAGCUUUGCUCCCGCGGCGCCAACCCAAACCACGUCAAUGAGCACAACUGGACAGCACUCCACACGGCCGCGCAAGGGCGUCACGUCGACGUCGUACGCGCAUUGCUUGAUUGCGGCGGCGACCCGAACUUGCGCGUGGCUCCUGAGGAUGAGUUUGAUGAACGUCUGAACCCACCGACGCCUCUGAUGUGCGCCGCCGCCAGUACGCACUCCGCCGAGGUGGUUCGAGUGUUGCUGAGUCGCGGUGCCGACUUCACUGCGACGAAUGCAACCAACCGCGACGCCCAAGCUUACGCGCUCAAGGCUCUGAGCCGACCCACCCGAGAUGAAUUUCCUGACGACGAGGAUCGCGGUGAGUGGGAACUGCAAGACUGGCGCCUCGCCGGCGAAGCAGAACGUAUUUUCGAGCUGCUCGCCGAUGUUCGCACCGCCGGCUCCUGGAAACGCUACGUGGGCGCGUGGCGGGUCCAGCUACUUCUGCUGCAGAAGCUCUGCUCGACCGGCCGCGCCUCGCCUGUGACUGCACUCGGCCCCGACCACGCCAGAGGCCCAGCGUCGGUCGAGGCGCUCGAAGCGACAAGCGGUUGUAAGGUGACGCGGCCCCGGAAACGCGCGCCACCGACGGACGCCACCGAAGAAGGGCCCACCGACGCGCUCAUGGCGCGACUCGUCGCCCUGCCGCCGCCGAUGGUCGGAAAGGUCGCGAGCUACUGGCGCACGGCGCGGGAUCCGCUCUACUGAAUGUAUUAUGUGUAAAACAUGUCAACAACA